GAAUGAGCUCUAGUGGAGUUGGUGAGAAACUCCGAGAUUGAGUAGUGGGAUUUGCAGCUGCCCCGACAUCUGGGGAAAUGAGCAGACGCUGAGAAAUCCAGGAGGAGAAGGACAUUCAUUGCCUUUGGAAGCGAGAGACCUGUUGGAUUUUAAGGCGCUUGGACAUGUUGUUACUGAUGGUGACCGUGUUAAUGUUUCACUUGUCCGGGGCAGACUCGGGACCAGCUUCCAGCGGCGACAUGAUCACGGGAAUUGAAUGGUUGACUAAGUUUGGGUACCUACCUCCUCCAGAUCCUGUUACUGGACAACUUCAAACCCAAGAAGCAUUAACAAAGGCCAUUAAAGCCAUGCAGAAAUUUGGGGGCCUUGAAAUUAGUGGAGUAAUAGACCGAGCCACAUUGAUGCUAAUGAAGACACCUCGUUGCUCACUGCCUGAUAUCGCUGAGCCAGAAAUAAGCAGGAGGAAAAGAUCUGUCCGACUUGGAACUAAAUGGAAUAAGAGAAAUAUAUCCUGGAGGGUCAGGACAUUUCCUAAAUCCUCCCAUUUAGGCCACGACACAAUUCGGGCCCUUAUGUAUUAUGCCCUGAAGGUUUGGAGUGACGUCGCACCGCUCAACUUCCAUGAGGUGGCGGGGGACAACACAGAUAUUCUGAUCGAUUUCCCAAAGUCGCAUCACAACGACCAUUACCCCUUCGAUGGGCCAGGGGGAGCUGUCGCUCACGCCUUCUUCCCCGGGGACAAUCCGAUUGCAGGAGAUGUCCAUUUUGAUGAUGAUGAGAAUUGGACAUUCCGAUCUUCAGAUCCUCGUGAGAUGGACCUGUUUGCUGUAGCUGUCCAUGAAUUUGGCCACGCCAUUGGACUGUCUCAUUCCUCAGCUAAUGAAUCCAUAAUGAGACCUUAUUACCUGGGCCCUGUGGGUGAUCCUCUCCAGUAUCACCUGCCUUAUGAUGACCGAUUGAGAAUCUGGCAGAUAUAUGGUAUCAGAGAGUUACUGUUCCCCACCAGCCAAGCCCAAAUGGAAAAUUCAUCAGAUCACCCAGUGCUCCCAGAACCUCCAGAGAAGCGGCCGUCUGCUCAGCCUAGAGCUGACGUUCCUGACAGAUGCAAUACCAACUUUGAUGCAGUGGCUCAGAUCAGGGGAGAAGCUUUCUUCUUCAAAGGGAAGUAUUUCUGGCGAUUGACCCGAAACAGGCAUUUGGUCUCCUUUCAGCCAGCAGAGAUCCAACGCUUCUGGCGCGGGUUACCUAGCAACAUGGAUGGCGUGGACUCUGUAUAUGAGCGAACUGCUGAUCAUAAAAUAGUAUUUUUCAAAGGAGAACGGUACUGGGUGUUCAAAGAUAACAAUGUGGAGGAGAGUUACCCACGCUUCAUCAGCGACUUUGGUCUGUCUGUGAAGAGCAUUGACGCAGCCUUUGUCUGUCCCCAUGAUGAUAAGACCUAUUUCUUUAAGGACAAUCAGUACUGGAGAUAUGAUGACCACCUACGGAAAAUGGACCCAGACUAUCCAAAGGACACAGUCAUGUGGAAGGGUUUGCCCAGCCAGGUUGAUGAUGCUAUAAAAUGGUCUGAUGGCGCAGCCUAUUUCUUUAAGGGGAAGAAUUACUGGAAAGUGACACACAGUAACAUGGAAAUGGACCCUGGAUACCCAAAGUCGGUGGCCAGGGACUGGCUAGUGUGCACUGAGAUGCAGGCGGACUCAUCGAUUUCAGACGAAGGCCACUCCAGACCCCGAACAGGCCAAGGUCACCACGAUGAAACCAGGUCGGGGAACGAGAAAAGGAACUGCUCUUGCACAUCUGCUGCAGACACAUCGAGACUCGUAGCUCUGUUGAGACGGAAAGCGAAUCUGGCCGUUAUCUUUGUGGUGUCACUGUGGCUUAGAUUGGAUUAA